AAGACGCCGGCUGCAGUACAUCUCAAAGAAGAAGAAGACAUCUGUAGUGUCAUGUAAUCGUGACAUAACCAAGGUUAUCCUGGAGAUACUGAAGAGGAAUAUGAAUAUCACUUGACAUAAACAAAGUUUCAUCUUAUCUCGCUCAGGUCGCCAUGAGCGUCCCCUGUAUCUUUUCCUCCGCUGGCCGAAGCUUCAGCCUGCCGUGUCCCGCCGCGGGUCUCCUCUGCUGCCGGCUGCUGGGCCCCAGCUCCGCCAUAAGAAGAAACAUGUCCUCCAAAAGGCAAAUGGACCAUUUAGAGAGAACGGCGAACAACUACAGACAAAAUGCUCUGUAUCCAGCUCAAGUAUGUGGCAUCAUAAACGAGUCACAGACUGUGAAACGUUUAAGAUUAGCUGUCCAUCCUGACUUCAGCUUCAAAGCAGGACAGUGGGUGGAUUUUUUCAUCCCUGGCGUGGAGAAGGUGGGAGGUUUCUCCAUGUGCUCCAGUCCAGGUUUGCUGCAGAGGGAAGGUGUCGUUGAACUGGCCGUCAAAUACACCAAACACCCCCCAGCACACUGGGUCCACACCAUGUGUACAGUUGGCUCCCAGGUGGCCAUGCGUGUCGGCGGGGACUUCUUCUUUGACCCAUUGCCUUCUGACCCUUCCGUGGAUUUGCUGCUGGUAGCUGGUGGCGUCGGGAUCAACCCCCUGUUCUCGAUCCUGUUGCACACGACAGAUCUGCUGCAGCUCAACCACACCUCUGGUGGGCGGGACUACAACAUAGGCUCUGCCCACCUCUGCUACAGCGCCAAGAACACUCAGGAACUGCUCUUCAAGAGCUCCAUCAUCGAGACGUGUCGGGAGUUCCCUGACAAGUUUUCCUGUGACCUCCACGUCACGCAACAGAGCACAGACGUCGACUCACACCUCCAGCCAUUUAUCAACCGUGGGAGAAUCACAGAAGAGGAAUUGCGGGCUCAUGUGGAUCCGCAGAGGACUUUGUGUUUCCUGUGUGGGCCCCCACCCAUGAUCGAAGCUUUUUCAAAAACCCUUGUGGACUUAGGCCUCCCGAAAGACAGGAUCCUUUUCGAGAAGUGGUGGUAGAACCUCUUACCAGUUCCCAGAAACAGCAUUGUCCUCCUGGAUUGUGCUCCUCUUUGGCUCUUUAAGGGGGGGGGGGGUGAGAAUGGAAAGCAACUAAAAUAUUCCAGUGAUAAGGAUAUUAAUAUGAAUGCUUGAGGACAUCCACCUCCGAUCCCUGCUAGUGCAACCUGUGCCUGAUCUGCGAAAGGCCGCUGGGACCACAAGCAACUGACUCACAAAGACAGCAGAGAUGAUUUUAUUUCUUAUAAUCUUAAAAAAGAGGACUGAGCAGACUGUAAAAUCUCAACUUUACCCAGACAUUUUUCAGCUCACUGCCUUUAAUGAAUAUUGCAACAAAUCUGCAACUCUGUCUGAUACACACAUCAUAACGCAGCUGUCACAUCUUCACAUCUGAUCUCAUUUACAUUCGCUUUUAUUUGCUUGACGGAGGUUGUGCUUGAACAAAUUAGCAGGUGAUGUGCAGCCAAUUUUUCACCUAAAUAUGAAGGUGCUAUGACGGUUGCCUAUGCAAGCAUGUCUUGAAGCAGUAAUUUGACAUUUCGGAAACGCUUCCUUGCCACGAGGUCACCUAUUCGCUAAAUAUGAAGCUACAGCCAGCAGCUAGAUAGCUCAGCCUGGAAACAGCGCAGAGCUUGGCUUUGUAAAGACGACAAAAUCCACGCGGUGUCGCAUUUGUUUCAUCCUGACAAAAUAAACUUUCAUUUUAACAUAUAAACAAUUAGAUUUUCCCUCACCAAUCACUAGAGACCAAUGUAUCUGCCUGAAUAUAACGCCAUUUUAAGUCCACACUGAUGUGUAGCUAUGCCAACAUUCUGGUUUUGCUGGGUUUUUAAGACUAGAGCAGAGCAAAGUAAAAACAAAAUGUGAAGUUGGGCAACACUGAAAAGACAAGCUGAUUUUGAACAGGCUCAGUAGCAGUGUCCGUCUUUUUUAUAGUGCUUGCCAUUGCUGUUAUUACUCCUCAUUGGUUCUGGUGCACACAUCUUGACAACAGCAUUAGUCCUGCCCAUGGCGCUGAUUGGCUAGCACUCAUAGGUUUGUUUUUUAUUUGAAUCAAGAAAACGCUUUCAUGUCACAAUGCCAGACAAAUCAGUCAACUCAAAUUCGAUUGAGUGGGUGGAUUCAAAAGGUGUGGACCCAGGCAAAACAGGCAGCUAGCUUUUUGCCCCUUUUUCAAGUCUUUAUGCUAUGCUAAGCUAACUAGCUGCUGGCUUUAGCUUAAAGGUAUGCUAUGAAGUACGGUCUGUUGCUGUCGGUAAACACCCUCGCCCGUGAAUUGGAAAGUACAAGGCCAACCCCAGAUUCGCUCUCGUUCGCCAUUUUGCUUGCUAUGUUUGCGUUUUUUUCUAUGCCUGCUGCAUACAGUCUGCCAUCUGCUCCGACCUCACCUGACACGCCCAUAAAUGUCUCCAUCACAGACAAAGAGAAAAUACCGGCAGAGGGCGGAGUCUCUGCAGAUGAAUACACAGCCACACACUUCUGGUGGGUCAUAAAGGAUGUUUGAGGUAUGACUUCAUUAUGAGUCUAUUUUUUUUUUUCCCAGAAGUUUCUGCAUAAUAUGUCUUUAAUAUUCAGUGGAAGGAAGUGGUGUUGAUCAUCUUAUGGAACGCUCAGCAAGAAAGUGACACAAUUCCCUGAAGGUCUAUUGCUUUCAAGUCCCAAGGAUAUGGCAAUCUGUACUGUUAUUUUACACUGUACAAACUUGUGUUAAAUACCUCUGCUAAUUUUACUAUGUGAUCUAAGAAGUGUUAUACCAUGUGUAUAUAUACCUCAGGUAGUUAUUUGCAGAACUGCAGAUUUUAGAGUUGUUUGACUGAGAUACAUUGGAGUGAUUGUUUUUCCACAUUUUACUCACAUCGAAACUUCACACCGAGUGUAUUUAUAGAUGGAAAAAAGCUAACACUCUCCCACAUACUGGCCAGUGUCCCUGCCUGUUAUACUCAAUCACACAGUUACAUGCCUACACAGUGCCGAUCUCACAUACACUUUUACUCAGUCACACACAUUCACAUGCCCAUAAACGAUUCCCAUCCCGGGGUGGAGCGAGUAUCCCACGGUGCACUGUAAUGGAACCUCCGGGUGGUCUCUGAUUGGCUUGGAUCACUGAACAUCCCUCGGAGAUGGUUGGGAGCUUCUUGUCGUCGACUCCCAGUGGGGGUUACGCUGUUGAGACUCAUUUUCGAGUUGUUCUUGCGUGUGUUUUUUUUCCUCAUAUGAGGAAAUGAGUUUAUGCUGGUAAAAUGAGGAAAUAAAGCAAAUGGAGUCGA